AGUGGUCUACGGUAGAAGAGCGAGUCGUCGGACAAACGACACUGGUGGAGACUUAUGCUUGCAAGGAAAUUGUCAUACCGUUAUCGAACGUAUCUCGGUUAAUUAAUGAUAGGCUGGAAGACGCUUUGAGACGAAGGAUGUACAGUACGAAGAGCCUAAGUCGGAGUAUAAUGGCUUCCGGGGCAACAGUAAACGCAAGCGCACGCCCAAAUUAUUCUUCAAAAUCUGAUGAAAACUCGGAGGAUAAUGGGUUUCAGGAUCUCAAUAGUAUUAAACAACAGAGAUCAAGUGAUAUUCGGGUCGUAAAACCAAAAUAG